GGCGCCAACACAGAGUUCUCCUUAACCAGGGGAUAACCAGUGCCCUGAUAAAAAAAAAACUAAAAGUUCCUCCGAACAGUUUCAUUAUUUUUGUAUUAUAUUUUACUUUAAUUUAAAAAUUAGUUAUCAAGAAACAAAAAAUAUUAAUCAUGAAGACGUUCAUCGUUGUUGCCGCUGUCCUCGUAGCUGGGUCAAGUGCACAGGACUCGUUCAAAUGUCCCGAUGACUUUGGAUUCUACCCCCAUCAUAUAUCAUGCGACAAAUACUGGAAAUGUGACAACAACGUUGCUGAACUCAAGACUUGCGGAAAUGGUCUGGCAUUUGACGCAUCAGAUUCGAAAUUUUUGACUGAAAAUUGUGAUUACAUUCACAAUGUUGAGUGCGGAGAGAGAUCGCAGUUGGAGCCACCAAUUUCAACCCCACACUGUGAACGACUCUAUGGAAUUUUCGCUGAUGAUAAGAAAUGUGACACGUUCUGGAACUGCUGGAACGGCGAGGCCUCCAGGUACCAGUGCAGCCCUGGACUUGCAUACGAUCGGGAGGCAAGGGUGUGCAUGUGGGCGGACCAAGUGCCAGAAUGCAGAAAUGAGGAAGUUGCCGGAGGUUUCAGUUGUCCAGCAGCUGGUGAAGUGGCUGGGGCAUCCGGAAGUUUCUCACGUCAUGCUCACCCAGACGAUUGCAGAAAAUACUACAUCUGUCUCGAGGGAAUAGCCCGCGAAUACGGUUGCCCCAUCGGCACAGUAUUCAAGAUCGGUGACUCUGACGGCAGUGGUGCCUGCGAAGACCCCGAGGACGUUCCCGGAUGCGAGGAUUACUACGGCGAUGUGGACCUGAAGGCACUGCGCAAGCUCGGCUUCAGGAAGUAAUGAGACAGUGGAAAAUUGAAAAAAAUGAGGAAGAUGUAAUCAACGGGAUGGAAGUGCAUCAGGAAGAGUGAACUCAUUAGUAUUCAGGGAUCUGGAGAAGCGAGGGGGGCUACACCACAGGGUGAACCCAGACAACGUCUGGGACGAAAGCUUUACCCCUUUUAAAAUAAAAAUCAUCUCCCAUCGUAAAGAUAAAAAGAGCAAAAAUUUUAAAAGAUAACGAUCGAGUGCCAAAGCUUUGAAAAUUUAAUGAGGAGAAAAAAAAAUUAAUUCUGGACUCGACAUUAGCCCCACUCGUUCUCUCCAAAUCCUUCUCACUUUAUUUUUAAUUUAUCGAUAGAAAAAAACAAAAUUUCGUAGAAUAAAAUGACAAAACGAAUAAAACUGGAAAAAAAUCAA